CGGCGCUCGCCAAAGCUCGCGGUCGCUCCGAGGCGCGCGCCGGCGGUCCUCGGCCGCUCGGGGUACCUGAGGGACGCGCGGCCGCCCGCGGCCGGCGCUGCAGCCCCUUGGAGCCCCGCGCCCAGGUCUGUCUGAGAUAUUUCAAUCAAAGGAAGAAAUAGUUCUUCUCCUAAGAUGGAAUCUGUGAUUUGGGAAUGUGGUUGAUCAGCUUGAUAUGUUGGCCAAAUGUGCCCUAUGUAAUAAAACGAAAAGAAGAGACAAGAUGAUGUCAUCUGCCCGUAUUGUGAAACCAAAAAACAAAUGCCUUUUGUGAAACCAAGCUAACAAACCUCUGACGGUACAAAGAGUAUUUAACUUUUGAAGAACUUAGCAGUAAGAUAGAGAAGUACUUUCAAGCCGAGACCUGCAGGUGUAUAUUGACCUAAAAUACAUACUGAGUAGGCCUGAUCAUCUGAUUCUCAUUCAGAUCCAGGAAGAAUGGCUAUGAGUUGGAUGGUCUUCUCACUUUGGCUCUUGACUAUGUUUGUGGGGCAUAUAGGUGGGCACAGUUUGUUUUCUUGUGAACCUAUUACAUUGAGGAUGUGCCAGGAUUUGCCUUAUAAUACUACCUUCAUGCCUAAUCUUCUGAAUCAUUAUGACCAACAGACAGCAGCUUUAGCAAUGGAGCCAUUCCACCCUAUGGUGAAUCUGGAUUGUUCGAGGGAUUUCCGGCCAUUUCUUUGUGCACUCUAUGCUCCAAUUUGUAUGGAAUAUGGACGUGUCACACUUCCCUGUCGUAGGCUGUGUCAACGGGCCUAUAGUGAAUGUUCGAAGCUCAUGGAGAUGUUUGGUGUUCCGUGGCCUGAAGAUAUGGAAUGCAGUAGGUUUCCGGAUUGUGAUGAGCCAUAUCCUCGACUUGUGGAUCUGAAUUUAGUUGGAGAUCCAACUGAAGGAGCCCCAGUGGCAGUGCAGAGGGAUUAUGGUUUUUGGUGUCCCCGAGAGUUGAAAAUUGAUCCUGAUCUUGGUUAUUCUUUUUUACACGUGCGUGAUUGUUCACCUCCUUGUCCAAAUAUGUACUUUAGGAGAGAAGAACUGUCAUUUGCUCGCUAUUUCAUAGGUUUGAUUUCAAUCAUUUGCCUCUCUGCCACAUUGUUUACUUUUUUAACUUUUUUGAUUGAUGUCACAAGAUUCCGUUAUCCUGAAAGGCCUAUUAUAUUUUAUGCAGUCUGCUACAUGAUGGUAUCAUUAAUUUUCUUCAUUGGGUUUUUGCUUGAGGACCGAGUAGCCUGCAAUGCAUCUAGCCCUGCACAGUAUAAGGCUUCCACAGUGACACAAGGAUCUCAUAAUAAAGCCUGUACCAUGCUUUUUAUGGUACUCUAUUUUUUCACAAUGGCUGGCAGUGUGUGGUGGGUAAUUCUUACCAUCACAUGGUUUUUAGCAGCUGUGCCAAAGUGGGGUAGUGAAGCCAUUGAGAAGAAAGCACUGCUAUUUCAUGCCAGUGCAUGGGGAAUUCCUGGAACUCUGACUAUCAUCCUUUUAGCGAUGAAUAAAAUCGAAGGUGACAAUAUUAGUGGCGUGUGUUUUGUUGGCCUCUACGAUGUUGAUGCAUUGAGAUAUUUUGUUCUUGCUCCCCUCUGCCUGUAUGUGGUAGUUGGGGUUUCUCUCCUUUUAGCUGGCAUUAUAUCUCUGAACAGAGUUCGAAUUGAGAUUCCAUUAGAAAAGGAGAACCAAGAUAAAUUAGUGAAGUUUAUGAUCCGGAUUGGUGUUUUCAGCAUUCUUUAUCUGGUACCACUCUUGGUUGUAAUUGGAUGCUACUUUUAUGAGCAAGCUUACCGUGGCAUCUGGGAAACAACAUGGAUACAAGAACGCUGCAGAGAAUAUCACAUUCCAUGUCCAUAUCAGGUUACUCAGAUGAGCCGUCCAGACCUGAUUCUCUUCCUGAUGAAAUACCUGAUGGCUCUCAUAGUUGGUAUUCCCUCUAUUUUUUGGGUUGGAAGCAAAAAGACAUGCUUCGAAUGGGCCAGUUUUUUUCAUGGUCGUAGGAAAAAAGAGAUAGUGAAUGAGAGCAGGCAGGUGCUCCAGGAACCUGACUUUGCUCAGUCGCUCCUGAGGGACCCGAACACACCCAUCAUAAGAAAAUCAAGGGGCACUUCCACUCAAGGAACAUCCACACAUGCUUCCUCAACCCAGCUGGCUAUGGUGGAUGAUCAAAGAAGCAAAGCAGGGAGUGUCCACAGCAAAGUAAGCAGCUACCACGGCAGCCUCCACAGAUCACGCGAUGGCAGGUACACUCCCUGCAGUUACCGAGGAGUGGAGGAGAGACUACCUCAUGGCAGCACGUCACGGCUGACGGAUCACUCCAGGCACAGUAGUUCCCACCGGCUUAACGAACAGUCCCGGCAUAGCAGCAUCAGAGACCUCAGCAACAACCCUAUGACUCACAUCACACAUGGCACCAGCAUGAAUCGGGUUAUCGAAGAGGAUGGAACCAGUGCUUAGUUUGUCUUGUCUAAGGUGGAAACUUGUGCUGUUUAAAAAGCAAUUUUAUUCUUUGCCUUUGCAUGACUGAUUGCUAUAGCUAUUAUCCUGCUUUCAGUCAGGUGCAGAUUGUGUCCAUUGGGAAGGUGAAUUUUUGCUUUUUAUAUUGCAUCAAACUUGCCAUCAAGGCAUCCAAAAUACUAAAAGUUAUAUUGUCACAAAUAUAAGUCUUUCUAGGUUGUGAAGAGAUACUUAUUUGUCUGGUAAACGUUUUUAUAAGCCCACUUAUUUUAUAUUUAGGAAAAUUCCAAGUGUGUGGUGACUGCUUUGUAGUGAACUUUCAUAUAAUAUGAACUAGUUGUGAGAUAACAUUCUGGUAGCUCUGUUAAUAAAACAAAGUUUCAGAAUUAAAGAAAUUUUCUAUGCAAGGUUUAUUUCUCAGAUGAAUAGUAGGACUUUGUAGUUUUAUUUCCACUAAGUAAAAAAAGAAGUUUUUAAAGUGUAGGACAAUUUGAUAAAUCAGCAAGGGUAUUUUAGCUAAUAGAAUAUAAGUGCAACAGAAGAAUGUGAUUAGUCUGUGGAGACUCUCUCAAAAUUCUAUCAAAAUAAUCCAGAUAUAAUCAGGAUUUGGAUAAACAACAGAAUAAACACAGAGAUGGGCAUUUUUCCCUAUAAUUGUGUUGCUUUUAUUACUUUUGUAAAUAUUACUUUUAUUGGCUGCAUUUUUAUAAUAUCCAUAUGCAUGAUGGAAAAUUUUUAAUUUGUAGCCAUCUUUUCCCAGUAAUACUGUUGAGUCAUAGAACUUCAUGUUCAGAUCUGCUGUAUGGAGGCAUGUAGUAAGCAUCACACGUUAUAAGGAUCUUUUUUAUUUUUGUGGUAACCAUAAAAUGGCAAAAUGUUUUCUCUGUAUUCAUUGUUGUAUUUUACUGUGGUGAGAUGUGACCUUGCCAAACCCACCGUACCUUGGUAUCUAGGCCCUCCCUACAGUGAGCUGAUUGUCUACAAUGCAUUGUUCAAUAGGCAGUUGACUACAUCUUUUGCCCCACAUCCCUAUUUUCAAUUUCUAGACCAUUCUCGUUUCAGCUGAAAUAUAUAAAAUCUAUAUCCAAAGUGAUGAUUAAUUUGGAUAUUUGAAAAUCAUUGUAGCUAAAUGAAACAUGAUUAGUCUUGCUAUGAAUAUCUUUUAAUCUUAAAAAUAUCAAGUCAAACAUGUUUGGCAUUUUAUCUUGGAUGUUUAAUUUACAAUAUGAACUGUGAAUUUUAUUAGGUAUGAAAUUGAUCAGAAGGGGAAAAAAAUUCUGGAAAAUGCCAAAUGUGUUCCGUAGAAAACACACGUGAUCCUCAACCUGACUGCAGAUACGAAUCACUUGGGGAACUUCUGAUACACGCUCUCUCCAACAUCAUUCUCUCAUUUAGAUGAGAAUUGCUAGCUUUUUAAAAGAAGCUUUCUGGGUGAUUCUAAUUUGUAGCCAGGUUUGAGUCCCAUGAUUUGAAACUCAUCUGCCCCUAAUAGAGAUGUGAUGGCAUUGUAUUAUAUAUCAUGUGAAGAUCUAGCUGGAUUCAAUAAUAUGGUUUUACAUCAUUAUCUAACAGACUUGUUUCCUACUUUAUUGUGCAUUAUGAAAUGCAGAAUUCUUGGCUCCACUCCUAGAGAUUCCAAUAAGUUGAAGAUAACUGGGCUUUAAAAUCUGUAUUAAUAAAAAUACCACAGAUGAUUCUUAUGCAAAUAAUUUGGGAUCACAUUUAGAAAAUAUUCUAGACUCUGGAGAGGCCUGACUCUGCCAUAUUGCUAGUUUUUGACCUUUAAUGAUUCAACCUCUCUGAAUGUGGGUCCCCUUAUUUGAAAAUAAAGAUGAAAGAUUAAUACCUAUUUUACCUACCUCACAAAGUUGUCAAAUUAAGAUCAGUGAAAACAAUCUUAGGGAAGCUCUUUGAGAACUGUAAAGCAUACGAAAUAUAAGGGAUUAAGAUUAGAGGGCUUACGAGAUUUGUUUGAGGACUACUGUAGUGCUUUUCUUGACAUGUAUUUAAUUCCUGUGUAUGUUCGUUCCUCUCCCCCUUUAAAACAAAUGGUACCAAGAGAAUGUUGAAAAAGAAGAGUCAGUUUGAAAAUCAUAAUUUGUAUAUCAUGUUUCUUUCAUAGCACAUAUAUCUUAAUGUGAUUAUUCUUUAUAAGAAGUAUUUGAACAUUUGUCCCAAUCUUUUUUUCCUCUGUCCUCUUUGUCUUUCUCCUUUAAACUAGAGUUAGUGCUCGAACAAGCAAGGUCUGAAUUCCCUCGCAACUGAUAAUUAGGUUUUUUUUUUUUGUUUUUUUUUUUGCGGUGCUGGGGAUUGAACUCAGGGCCUUGUGCUUGCAAGGCAAGCACUCUACCAACUGAGCUAUAUCCCCAACCCCCACAACUGAUAAUUAGUAAACCCUUCCUCUGAAGAGCCCAAGUUAUAACUCACCUAUAAAUAAAUCAAUAAUUCAUAAAGCUUUAAGAAUUUCUCCUGAGAACAGCAUGAGAGAACCAAAACAAGCACUCACAAAUAAAAAUGAGUUAAAAUAGAAGGUACAGUUUGAGCUCAAAGAUGUUGUCAUCUAUCACCAUCUGCAUGAUAUCAUCAACUGCCAAAAUGUUAAUUAGUUUUCUUGUAUAAGUGGGCCAAGUAUAGACAGUUAAGUGAACAUUGCUAUGAAAAUCUUAACUUUGUGUUUCCAGAUCUUUUUUGAAUUUAUGUGUCUUCUCUGUUAAACUAAUUGUUACUAUGUAUGUGAAUGCUGUUUUACCUUCCAGUUACUUUCAGUAAAUAUCUUAAUUUUGCCCCACAAAGUUUACAUAUGUAAUAUUGUUAGUCCAUUGCCUUAAGUAACCAGAUUUAGUUUGGGCCAUAUCAUUUAACAAACUAGUGCUCCAAGUUAAGAAUGUUUUCUUUUUGUAGAAACCAAUGAAGAACUAUAGCAAAAACAGCAAUUUCAAGUCACGACUUGCUUAAACCAACUUGAACAAGUGUGGACAGUCUUCUUACCAUAUGUUUAAUUUUUAUUUGUGUCAUGAUUGGCAUAUGCUAGUGUUUAAUGUUUUGUUUGUUCAGUUGACAAUUGAGAAAAUAGUUCUUUCUAAAAUGUUCAUAUAUUACCAAAAGGUUUUUUGAAAAGUAAUUUCAAUAAUAUUGUUUUAUUUAAUAAUUAGGUAAGAGAUUCAGGACAGUAUUAAGAUCCAGAAAUAAUUCGUUUCAAACAAAAAUUGAUUAGUAACAACUAGCACAGGGCUAAGCAUAUAGUAAGUCUCUCCAUAUUUAAAUUAAUGAAGAACAACUCAUGUCACACAAUUUGCUUUUUUUUUAAUUUGGUACUAGAAUUUGAACCCAGGGACACUUCACCACCAAGCCACAUGCCCCGCCCCUGUUUCUGUAUUUUAUUAGAGACAGGAUCUCUCUGAGUUGCUCAGGACCUCACUAAAUGCUGAGGCUGGCUCUGAACUGGGAUCCUCCUGAAUUGCUGGGUUUACAGGUAUACCACGCCUUUGUGCCCAGCUCACAAUUUGCUUUUUACCUUAGUAGUGAGUCUCAUGUCAAAUAAAUUUGAAAGAUUCAGAUUUAAACUAAGUAAAGUGAAGAAUUACAUAACUUACACCAAAUAAGCUUAUUUCUCCUAGAAUAACAGUUCAUGUUACUAUUUUAAUUAAAGGAAUAUUAUAUACAAAUGUGCCAGCCCUUUUAAUUAAUUUUUAAAAAUGAAUAGUGAUUCUCAGAAAUAAGUAAUUAGGGCUGGGGUUGUGGCUCAGUGCUGGAGCACUUGCCUAGCACUUGUGAGGCUCAUGCUGAGUUAAAUUUCUGUGUGCCAGUUGAGUGAAUGAAUAUUCAAGCAAACCUUUUUUUCCUGCUGCUGCUUAGAGCAGAUCUAUAAAAAUUCUAAGAAUCUCUUCAAAUUAGAAAAAUGUUCUGCAUUUUAACCUACCUUGUUCUUUUUUUAUGAUAAUAGCUGAAAAUAACUGAAAUUGUACCCAUCUUAGUUUAAGCUAUGUCUCCAUGAAAUCAAAGGAAGUACUUAAAACUUUUUUUGGAAAAAUAUAAUGGGUCAUUGCCUGGGCUUAGAAGAUAUUACUAUACCAACAUUUCAGUAUUUUAUAGUGCUUUUUAACAUGCCAAAGGUACAUUUACAUAUUCUCAUAUUUGGUUGAUUUACAUGAUUUAGUGUAAUGAAAAUUCCACAGGCUUGAAAUUCAAAGACCCAUAAUUAUGUCAACUGGACUGGUCAUUUAACUUCUCUUAGUCUAAUUUCUUUAGUAUAAAAAGAAAAUAGUGAAAUUUUUGGUCCCAGCCUACUUCAGUGGACAUUGUGAAGAUCAAAUGAAAUAACGUGUUGGGCUGUGGGGUAGCUCAGCGGGAGAGCAUUUGCCUCACGGAUGCAAGGGCCUUGGCUCCAUCCCCAGUGCUGGGAAACAGAGAGGGCGUGUAUAAACUGCUGUACUGAUACUGGUUUUGUUAGAAUUUGGGGGUUGUAGAAAGCACCAAUAAUAGUCUUCAGUAGCAUUUGUUUUUAUCGGUGACAACAAAAUAGAUAAUUAGACCAGUGUUCAUUCGAUAUACCCAUUCAACACUCCAGUUAACAUCUAAAAUGAAGGUUCUUUUUCAAGAGUAACUAUUCAUUUUAAUUGUUUUGCCUGUUUCAGAUAUGUUACACCAAACUGUGCACUCAGAUUUUAUAUGAUUGGAUGUCUAAGUCACUUCCAACAGAAAUUGGGGGUCUCCAUUCUGUUCUUCCUUUUAUAUGGAACUGUAUAAGCACAUUAGUUUGGCUUGGCUGAAAUUUAUAAGAAAAAUAUAAAGAGGAAUGUAGGCCCUGUAAUCAUUUUUCUUUGAAGACUUUUAUGUAUCUGAUUCUUUCUGAUGAAAAUGAGUUUUGAAAAGGUGAUUGCCAUAAUUCGUUGAUUUUUUAUGGUGGCAAAACUUCAAAUUUUAAGUUAUAAUGUGAGAACUAUUUGUAUAUAUGUACAUGAAUUUUUUAAAAACUGUAAAGCAAGACUUUCUUCUCCAUUCACACACACACAAAGGAUGGCAUUUUUAUAGGCCCUAGAUUUACAAAGGAAUUUGUGAUUCUCUUAAGCUUCUUUUAUGCCUUUUUAUGACCAAUCAAAAUAAGGAAAAGUUUUUACAUUUAAUUCAGUUGUGCUUCCUAGUAUCUAUAUACUUUUAUACAUUAUUCUUACAUAAUUUUGAUAUAUGAAAUAUUUGUACUGUUUAAUUCUCUUUUUUUAGUUAUGUGAGUUUUGGUAAAGGCAUAGGAAGAUUAAACAUCCUUCACUUUACUUCUAUUAUUGGUCUCCUAGGUUUUUUCUAACUUAAUUUGAAUUCUAUAUUUUUUAGUAAUCACAUUGAUAUAGGAUUAUAUUGUUCUGUCAGCAUCCAGGUCUUCUAGGAAAGAAGUCUAUACAGAACCAGCCACCUUGGUAGACAUUCCUGUUUGGUUAAAUUAUAAAGAUUUAAUAUAGAUUAAUCAGCAUAUUUCUUACUGUGGUCUCUAACUAGAAAGUAAAGUUUUACUAAUAUUUUAGUCGAACCCCAAACCAAUCCAACAUUGCUUCCCAUAAGGCAGAGUAACUCCAUCUCAUGCAUUGAAGGGUAGUUUCCUUCCAAGCACUCUUUUAAUAAUCACCUGUCUCAGGAAAUCAGUAGUGUCCCUCAUGGACAUUUUUGUUGGCAUGAUAGUUUGUUCAUAUUUUAUUGGCCCCGUACCAGUUUUCCCCGAUGGAAAAACAAAUUUUUUACCUUAUAAUAAUACAAAACUUAAAAGAUUCCAUGUUCCAUUGUUCUGCUAGUCUCCUUUAACUAGUAAAGUUGGUGUCUUUAAGAUAUGUUAUAUUUGCUGAAGUAGGGGGAAGUACUUUACUACUAUUGAAGGCUUAAGGUUUUUGUUAUGUAAAUCACCUUUUUGUAUAUACCAACUUGCAUUUAUUUCUUUGUAUUGUGCUUAUUGACUUUUCCCUAAAAUCUUAGAGCUUAGCAGUUUCUGUUUUCUAAAUUGAGGAGCUUUCCCUAAUGAUUAGUAAAAAUGCAUUGUUAUUUUUAAAAUAUCCCAGGGUCUUGAGUCAAGUACCCUGAUACCUAGUCUUACCCCCCUUAUAAUCUUAUAACUUUGGACAAAGCAUUUUUCCUGCUUGGGCCUCGAUGUCCUCAUCUAUAAAUGAAGGAAUUAGACGAGGUCACAUCUCAGAUUCCCCUGAGCUCUAAUUUGAUUCUCCCUUGGCCCUUUUAUAACCAUGACUCCAGGCUCAAUUUUAUUCUUGUUAUUCCCAAGAAUUUAAACUUAUUAGAUCAACUUUUUCUAUUAAUGCACUUAAACUUAAAUCAACAGGAUUCAAAUAUGUUAUUAACUUUGUUUUCCAUCAUGAUUUCAAGUCAUUUUAAGAGAAAAAUUAUAUUACAGAUAACAAAAAUAAAAGUUUUACAUACUAGACAUGGCCUCCUUUAAUGGGAAAAGUCUUCUUAAGGACCAACAUAAACACCUUGAUACACAGGGGAAAAAUGACAUAAAAUUUGUGAUAUUUGUUCUCUUGAAUAUGGAUACAGCUAGUUGGCCAAAACUUUACACAGAAUGAGCUCAGUGGAGCUGGGUGUAGUUCAGUGGCAGAGCACUUGCUUAGCAUGCAGAACACCCUGGGUUCAGUUCCCAGCACAUACACACAAAUGUAUUGAAGAUAAAGUUAAUGAACAAAUCAAUUAUAAUACUGCUCCAUUUGAUUAAAAAACUUAAGUUUUUGCCAGGUGUGGUGGUGCACAUCUGUUAUCCCAGCAACUCCGGAGGCUGAGGCAGGAGGAUUACAAAUUCAAAGCCAGACUCAGCAACUUAGUGAAACCUCCUCUCAAAAUAAAAAA